GCCUACUGCGCAGCCGCAGCCCAGGUGACGAAGAUGGUGCUCAUCAAGGAAUACCGUGUCGUGUUGCCGGUCUCUGUUGAAGAGUAUCAAGUAGGGCAGCUGUACUCUGUGGCUGAGGCUAGCAAGAAUGAGACCGGAGGAGGAGAAGGCAUCGAAGUGCUGAAAAAUGAACCUUAUGAGAAGGAAGGCGAGAAGGGACAAUAUACACACAAAAUCUAUCAUCUAAAGAGUAAAGUCCCUGGCUAUGUGAAGAUGAUUGCACCAGAGGGAGCGUUAGUAUUUCAUGAAAAAGCUUGGAACGCUUACCCAUACUGUCGCACUAUUGUGACGAAUGAGUACAUGAAAGACGACUUUAUGAUAAAGAUCGAGACGUGGCACAAACCCGACAUGGGGACAAUAGAAAAUGUCCAUGACCUGGAUGAGGAGACAUGGAGGACUGUGGAUGUGGUGCCCAUAAAUAUUGCAAACAAAGAAGAAGUGGCUCCAGGGGACUACAAGCCAGAAGAAGAUCCUGCCCUCUUCCACUCCGCCAAGACGGGCAGAGGCCCGCUAGGUCCUGACUGGAAGGAUGAGCUGAAACCAGACUGUCCUUACAUGUGUGCGUAUAAACUGGUCACUGUCAAGUUCAGAUGGUGGGGCCUGCAGACCAAAGUGGAGAACUUCAUCCACAGGCAAGAAAAGCGAAUUUUCACCAACUUCCACCGCCAGCUGUUCUGCUGGAUCGAUAAAUGGGUGGGUUUGACCAUGGAGGACAUCCGGCGGAUGGAGGAGGAGACCCAGAAAGAGCUGGAGGAGAUGCGUCAGAAAGGUGAUGUGCGAGGCACCACUGCAACAGACGAGUAGAGGCUCUGCGCUGUAGGUCAAACACUAGAGGCAGGCUGACUGCGUCAAAAAGGUCCGAUUCGAGGCACCAGUGCUGCUCAUGAGCAGUGAGGCAAAUCAACCAAACCCUGUCAUGAUGAUGUCAUCAGAGACGCGCCCAACCCCACUGAGAAAGCGGCCCCGACUUCGCCUCUUCUCUUCCUGUCUCACAUGAUUCAUUGGGGGGGUUUGAUAAGAUUGGUUAACAGUACUGUACAGAUCCCAGCCCUGUCACAAGCCUCCUGUUCACUCAGUUAACACACAAAAAAAGAUAAAAAAAAACAAAAAAAAUACAUGUUUUUGCAUACAUAUAAAAAAAAAAAGAAAGAAAAUGCA